UCGAUACCUUUGGUCCAACAUGUCCGAGACCGGCGAUACGUGGAGAUAGCCUCUUUGUUCUUUGGUACUUGGUAGCGUACUCUUCAGAUUGGAGCUACCUAGCUAGUCUUAUCACUUCUCUUCCCCAAAUUGCACUCUGUGUUUCCCCUCUGAUUCACAUACCCACCACGGCUAAUCAUGCCAUUUCUCACUCUCUGACCAAGUGCGCCUGUUCUCUCUGAGUUUUGCUAUAAUAAUGGCAAUGACAAUGAACUCAUGCUCUGUGGAGGCUUCAUAGAUCGUUGGCUCUUCAAGAAUGGAUUUUGGGUUGGUGGGCAUGGAGGGAAUGGUGGGUGGCGGCGACCCAUCAGGCGGCGGAGGAGGAGACCACGGAUCUGGGAAGAUCAAGCAAGAGAGAUCUGGGUUGGGUGAAGAAACCUGGAGGCUUUCUAAGGCCCCCAGAACUUGUUCUUCUGAGGAGGACUUAAAUGGUGUUAAUCCCACUAGCUUGUUGCUGAGAUCUGGGGAUAAUAAUGGGCGUGGCCACACCACUAUGCUUAGUUUCUCUUCCUCUUCCAAGUCUGAAGAAAUCCCCUUUCUUUCUGUUAAUGGGGAAGAUUCAUCUGCAAGCAUUUCUAUCCCAUUUUUUCAAUCUCAGCCCAAACAGGGACUCCCUUCUGGCAAUGUUUCAGUUUAUGCCCCGGGAGGGGUGAACGAGGCCACACGCGGUGGCUUUUCAUUGUUCAGAGGUCCAUUCACUCCUUCUCAGUGGAUGGAGCUGGAGCAUCAGGCCUUGAUCUACAAGCACCUUGUGACAAAUGUCCCAAUUCCUUCGAGCCUGCUAGUUUCGCUUAAGAAAUCUCUGAGCCCAUAUACUUUUUCCGGUUUAUCUUCGAGACCUUAUGCCUCCAAUUGGGGUUGGGGUCCUUUCCAUCUUGGUUUUGCUGGCAACACCGAUCCCGAACCGGGUAGGUGUCGUCGAACAGAUGGAAAGAAAUGGCGGUGUUCUAGAGAUGCUGUUCCCGAUCAGAAGUACUGUGAAAGGCACAUCAACAGAGGCCGCCAUCGUUCAAGAAAGCCUGUGGAAGGCCAGACUGGCCGUGCUGCUUCUGGAACCGCCGCCUCCAAGGCGGUUCCGGUGGUUGCUUCUUCUUCCUCGUCAGCACCCGUGAUACCCAGUGGCGGCGGGGCGUCCAACAGCUUUAGCGCUGUGCAGCACCAAUUCAAAAGCAUGCAGCAAUGCCCCGCCAAUCCGUCCACUGACCAUCUCACCAGCAAUAGAACACAAGGGCUCUCUGUGAUAUCUCCUAGCAUGAAUUUGAAGUCCAAGGACUCGGCAAUCUCCAUUCAGAAGCAGCAGAACCCUUUGGAAGAAUCCUCCGCUCGCUCAGAGUUUGGAUUUCUCUCGUCAGAUUCACUUCUCAAUCUUUCGCAAAAGUCCCAUGUAAAUUCUAAAAACUCCGGUACUCUCGAUUUCAAUUGCCACGUAACGAACGAGCAACAUCCAGUUCACCAUUUCACCGAUAUCUGGACCAAGGAACAGUCGGGCUGCGAUUCUGUUUCCUGGCCAGAACUGAAACCAGACUGGACUCAGCUCUCAAUGUCCUCCAUCCCCAUGACUGCCUCGAAUUUUUCAUCAUCCUCGAGCUCCCCUAGGCAAGAGAAUACGUCGAACUGGUUACCAGUCUCGUGGGGGAACUCGAUGGGCGGUCCAUUAGGUGAGGCCUUGAAUAGUACUUCGGGUGGCAGUGCUGGAAGUGGCAAGAACUCGUCUAAUCUGAACCUAAUGACAGAAGCAUGGGACAGUAAUCCACAUUUGGGAUCGCCCCCGCCUGCUGACCUGCAAAAAUCUGAUCUUUGUCUAACUCUCAAACAGCAGUUCGGGGGGAAGCAGUCCCAAGAUGACAAGAAGACAACAGCAGCUCUCGAGGAUGGCAUGGGGGACGAGGUGAUUGGCUCGAACCUAGUAAGUUCCGUGUAUUCAAUCAACGUUUGUCUGUAAUCGUGUCUGGAAACUGAUAGCCAUGGAGAGUUGAUGGAAGGUGGUGACUUGAAGAAGAGUAUAGACUCUCCCUGGAUUUAAGUUCUUGAGAAUUUAUUAUUUCCCUGCUGUCUUUCCUUUUAAUAUGUAUGUGUUCUGCGUUGUUUUUGAAGCAGACUUUCCAGAUUAACUUCAUCUAUAUUUGUUUUAUUGUUGUUAUCGUACUCCGACAUUGUUUCCCAGAAUUUACAUUAAAUGUUUGUUUCAUGUUUUCCCAGAACUCA